AUGUCGCAACCACCGGCCUUCAAUCUGACCCCGCUAGAUCUGCAGCUGCUGGCGAUGACUGACGAGGAGUAUAUCCCGCACAGCUGGGAUGACCUUCGUGACAUUAUCGCGCGGAAUGAUCUUGGUGCACUCAAGCGCAAGCCUUCCGACUUGCGCCGAUAUUUAGCGUGGUCGGCCGAAACCAAGGCCAAGUACGGCUCUAUGAUGAACUACAUUUGUCAAGAGCGACUUCGCUGGACUUCCUCCGACUCGACCGACCCUGCAAAGGUGGACAGUCCCAACGGAAGCACGCACCCGGCCAACGGGGGGCCUGCAACGGGAGAGUCAUCCUCCACAUGCACAUCCGUGGCGAAAGCCACUUCAAGUGGGCCUCUCUCAUACAAGGAUCCGCGCCCCUUCGCGGACCCCGCGGACUACACGAUCUUGCGCAAUGACUGGCCGUACGGAUUCGAGCCUGGUAUCUCCCACUUGGUGGUGUGGCUGCGAACGCGCAUUCCGGUGGAGUCGGAUGAAGGCCAUCUGACCGAUGAAUCGCGCGCCUUGAUCGACAAGUUCGUCCAGGACAAAUUUGUCAAACGAUUGGCCGAGGAUGCGGAGAAGAGGUUCCCCGACCCGCAAUCUCAGGUGCUGUGGUUCAAGAAUUGGGUGGGCUUGCAAAGCGUGCGCGCAUUGGAACAUGUACAUAUCCUGGUGCGUGAUGUUCCAGAAGAAAUCUUGGUCGAGUGGUCUGGAGAGACAGCCAGGUGA